CGGAAGUGUCGAGUGCGGAAGUAGCUGUGUGGUGUGCGAGGGGUGUUUGAUGUUUUGCCGGGAUGUUCCGUGCUGCUGUGGACAUCCAGCCCGCCUGCCUCGGGCUGUACUGCGGCAGGACCGUCCUGUCGGUCAACGGCUCCGUGGAGACUUACGGGGACUGCGGGGUAUGCCCUAGAGGUCAAAGAACUGAUGACAACAAAAUCUGCCGGGAAUGUAUGGGAUCUCCAGACCGCUACGACUGGUUGUACCUUGGCUUCAUGGCCAUGCUCCCCCUGGUUUUACACUGGUUCUUUAUUGAAUGGUAUUCAGGAAAAAAAAGUUCCCGCGCACUGUUGCAGCAUGUAACAGCCUUGUUCGAGUGCAGCAUUGCAGCAAUUGUUACGCUGCUCGUCAGUGACCCUGUCGGCUCAGUGCAUAUCCGCUCCUGCAAGGUGAAGAAGCUUUCAGACUGGUACACAAUGCUUUACAACCCAAGCCCCGACUACAUCACCACAGUGCACUGCACUCACGAAGCAGUUUAUCCGCUGUACACCAUUGUGUUUAUAUAUUACGCUUUCUGUCUUGUGUUAAUGAUGCUACUUCGGCCUCUUCUGGUUAAGAAAAUUGCCUGUGGGUUAGGAAAGGCUGAUCGAUUUAAAAGCAUCUAUGCAGCACUGUACUUCUUCCCUAUCCUCACUGUGCUUCAGGCUGUUGGAGGAGGCCUGCUUUAUUAUGCCUUCCCAUACAUCAUACUGGUGUUGUCUUUGGUUACACUGGCUGUGUACAUGUCUGCAUCUGAAGUGGAGUCUUUCAAGGAUCUUCUUGUGAGGAAGAAAAGGCUUGUUGUUCUCUUCAGCCACUGGUUACUUCAUGCCUAUGGAAUCAUCUCAAUUUCCAAACUGGAUAAGCUUGAGCAGGACUUGCCAUUGCUUGCCUUGGUACCUGCACCUGCCCUCUUCUACUUGCUGACAGCAAAGUACACUGAACCAUCACGCAUACUCUCGGAAGGUGGAAAUGGACAUUGAAAGGAGCCUGUGCCAAAACCACUGUCCAGAUGAUCUGAAUUAAGCAAUGCUUAAUUAAUAAAGCGAGCUUAAUUAAGCUUGUUAUGUUUUGGAAACUUCUGUUUUAGAAGUUAUUUAUGAACCAGACUUCUACGUGAAACACCUGAAUGAGACUGGAGAAUACAAAAAAAGCUGCACUUUGUGUUCUUAAGUAUCUGGUAUAGAUGGAAGGGAAUGUCCUUGUAUCUAUUUAUCACUGUGAAUCUGUAUAAAAAGCUUGUGCCACAUUCUA